AUGGGUAUUUCGAAAAGGCUCGCACUUUUUGUAGCCUUUGUGCUUUUUUUGUGGUGCCAUGAUCGAGUGCGGUGUGAUGAGGGGGCUAUGAGAGGAGCGCCCAGCGGGCCCGCCCCCCCCAAGGAGGAGAAGUCAGGAGAAGCGGAGAAGGCAGGCGAAGCGGAGAAGGCAGGCGAAGCGGAGAAGGCAGGCGAAGCGGAGAAGGCAGGCGAAGCGGAGAAGGCAGGCGAAGCGGAGAAGGCAGGCGAAGCGGAGAAGGCAGGCGAAGCGGAGAAGGCAGGCGAAGCGGAGAAGGCAAGCGAAGCGAAGAAGGCAAGCGAAGCGAAGAAGGCGAACAAAGCGGACAAGGCGGAUACGGCAGACAAUGCGGCCAACUCGGGGAUCGGAGGCACCCCCCCGGGGGGCGAAGGCAAAGAGCAGGGCCAAGAAGCCAGUGUAAACUUAAAGGGCGGCGCUUCCAAGGAGCAAGCCGCGAAGGGGGAGACGGCCACCGCAGCGGCCAGCGGCGCGGAUGGGGCGCAGGCGCAGACGACCUUUUUGCAGAGCAAGGAGAAGCCGCAGGGGGGCAAGGAUAGCCCGAGCAGUGCGAGCAGUUCGAGCAGCGCGAGCAGCGCGAAAAAUGCGAAUGACUCGAACAGUGCGAGCAGCCCAACCGAGGAGGAACACUCCGUGGUUAAGGAAAUGACCCCCAAGGAGGAGCCGCCGAAGGGGGAGUCGCCCGGCGAGGGGGGCGCCAAAGGGAAGGACAGCGGGGCGGAGAAGGCCGGAGCGCUUCGCAGCGGGGGAGGCGGUGGAAGCGGUGGAAGCGGUGGAAGCGGCGAGGUGAAAGAGGUGUCAAAGGACGCACCAAAUGGUGCUUCAAAUAAUGCCACAAAUAAUGCCGCAAAUGACGCCGCAAAUCAUGCCACGAAUGACGUGCCGAGCAAAGGCACCGACGAGUUCUACGACGAGCUGAAGAAACAAAGCGAAGAGGAGAAGAACGCAGACAUGAAUUUCCUGAAGAUCCUAUCCAUCGGGUCAUCCCUCUUUAUGCAGUUGGUGUUAUUCCCCUCGAUCUUCAAAAUGAUAAAGAAGAGAACGACCGGAGAGGUAGACGGGCUACCCUACGUAGUGCUUCUCUUUUCCUCCUUCCUGUGGUUGGUGUAUGGGAUGCUGUUGAAUAACUCCGCCAUCGUGUGCCCCAACUUCGUAGGUCUCGUCUUGGGAGCAUUCUACUCUCUAAUGUAUCAUAAGUUUUGCAAAAACAUGUGGCUGAAGCAGAAGUUAUUUUCUUAUUACAAAAUAUGUGGCUUCAUAUGCUUUUUACUUUACGCCUUCCUCUACGUGUUAACCUAUGAGCAAUAUGAGUUAUUCGUAGGGUUCAUGGCGUUCAUUUCGAGCAUCGUAAACUUUGGUGCCCCUUUGUCCUACGUGCAGAUAGUAAUUAAGAAGAAGAACUCCUCCCUGAUCCCGUUGGAGAUAGCCACAGGAAGUUUGGUCUGCUCAUUUUUGUGGGUGACUUACGGAUUCACCAUCAAGGAUGGCUUUGUCAUCGUGCCAAACCUCUGUGGGUUUAUCCUAAGUCUGUUGCAGAUUGCGUUGAUCCUGUUGUAUUCCAAUAAGGAGGCCAUUGUUAAUUACGACGAGGGAGAGGCGGUAGAUUUUGUAAAUGAGGGGGCAGCUAUCCAUGUCAGUAGGAAGAAUCGCUACGCCGCUACGGAAAAUCAUAUUUUUUUGAACGAGUUUGGUGUGGACGAAGAGAACAAACUGGGGAGUGAGGAGGUGGCUAGUACGCGCGGGACAACCUAUGGGAAUAGCGGAAGCGGCAGUAAUGUAAAAAGUGGGAACAAUGCGAAUGGCUCCUUUUUUGAUUUAGCGUAUGACGAGACUUCCCCCCUUACCGGCACCAACUUUGGCAGCGGCUUCCCCCACGGAGGGGGGGCACCCCGGCAGGGCUACCUCAAUCGCUCUGGCAGCGCGCAGCAGGACUCGCCCCUCACCUUCUGA